AUGGUCGUGCUUAAAUCUGAGAUUGUUCAACAGACUACUGACAAGAUCAAGAUGAUUCAAGAGAAAAUGAAAGCUUCGCAGAGCAGACAAAAUAGUUAUCAUGAUAAACGAAGGAAGGUACUUGAAUUCCAAGAGGGAGAUCAUAUGAUUUUGAGAGUUACUCCAAUAACUGGAGUUUGUCGAGCAUUAAAAUUUGGAAAGCUCGCGCCUCAUUUCAUUGGUCCAUAUAAUUUCCUUCAGAGAGUAAGAGAGGUGGACUACAAAGUUUCAUUACCAUCGUCUAUUUUGAAUCUUCAUGAUUUCUUUCAUGUGUCAUAUCUUUGGAAGCAUAUUCCUGAUCUGUCUCAUGUGAUUCAGUUGAAUGAUGUACAAGUUAGAGAAAACUUAACCAUUGAGGCAUCACAUUUACGAAUCGAGGAUCGCAAAGUGAAACACUUGAAAGGCAAGGAGAUUGCUUCAGUGAAGGUAGUAUGGGGAGGACCUGUUGGUGGAAGUGUGACGUAG